AUGAAGCUUCAAGUAAGCCGGGAUAUGAUGCGUCGUUGUUCGCUUCUUCUCGCGUUCCUGUUCUGCAUCGACCACGUUGCAUGUUUGGACGGUGUCAGUAUCCACAAUUGGUCAACCCUAUUUAACAACCAGCCGUCAAAGAACUGGGUUGUCCUGGUCGCUGGUUCCAACACCUGGGAAAAUUAUCGACAUCAAGCGGACGUUUUUCACGCGUAUCAGGUCGUGCGUAAAAACAAUGUUCCACCGGAAAAUAUAAUUACCUUCGCCUACGACGAUAUUGCAAACAAUCCCAGAAAUCCGUUUAAAGGCCAAGUGUUCAAUGACUACAAUCACCUAGAUGUCUACAGGGAUGUGGUAAUUGACUACCGUGGAAAAGAUGUCACACGGGAUAACUUCGUGAAAGUGCUGAAAGGCAAUAACACACCUGAGGCCAACAAGAAGCUGAUGAAAAGCGGUCCCGAUGACAAUGUGUUCAUCUUCUUCUCUGGCCUUGGUACGACUUCCUAUAUUGCCUUCCUAGGAGGAUAUCUGUAUGCCAUGGAGUUGCACGAUGCCCUCGCCUACGUGCAUUCAAAAAAAAAGUUCAACAAAUUGGUGCUGUACGUGGAGGCUUGCAAAUCUGGCUCCAUGUUUAAAGAUAUGAUCGAUGUUUGUCUGGCGAACGAAUACUCGUAUGAAUGGAUUACAGAUUCGGAACGAAACGACAUAAAAAAGCGCACACUGAAUGAACAAUACACGGCGGUGAAAAGGAAGACGUUGUUAGGCCACGUGAUGCAAUACGGUGACAGGCUUGGCCACAUCGUCAAGGAAACGAUUCGCGACAUCGUCAUGGAUGUGACAACCCACCAUAAGCCAACAAUAAAGGGUUUAUCCAAGAGGGAUGAGCUCAUGUGUUUCCGGGCUGUAUUCGAUCAAUUCAGGACGCACUGCUUCACAAUUCAGCAGGCAAGUUGCCCUCGUGAUGCAUUCAUUAAUAGCCAAUGCAUUCAUCCAGGACCUCACGUCCCAGAAGUAUCCCAGCACACAGAUCAUCUAAUGCAGUUGUGCAAAGCCGGAUACAAUCCCGAAAUCCUCAUUGAGUCUGUCCACAACUUCUGCUCCUAA